UCUUCAUUUCCUACUUCUACUACUAAUGCAGCAUCAAUUUAUAAUCAGCUAACGCCUUGAUCCUCCGUGCAGAAUCAGAUAGACACGUAGGCUACUGAUUCCUAUUGGACGGCCAACGGAUACCUAUUGGGUUCCCACGUCCCCGUUCGGCAGCCGAGUUGUCUAGUAUGCACCAGGGGCAGGGUAUACUGUACAGUCAUCCGGCUGAAUCGCUAUCCGAUCUAUGACAGCGAAGAUUGAUUUAUUAGCAAUCUCCAAUGUCUCUCUGUUCCAAUCUCCAUCCUCGCAUGGUCAGGUUGCACUAAUACGGCUCAAAUCAAGCCAGAUUGAAUAUGCCUGUUAGGCGCUACCGAUCGCACCGGACGAGGUAUACUCCAGAAUCUUCUUAUAGAGAACUAGCACGACUGGGUUCUGCAUGUCUAUGUCCAGUCCCGAGCAAAACGUUUGUCGCUUUUCUAAGGCAUAGAAUCUUACGCGGGUGAGAAAGUCUCUCAAGGAUCCAUCACGGACGUUGAACUCUGGAGGCAAUGCUUGUCACGGGCGGACGCCAUCAUUUCCGCUCUUGGCGAGAACGAGAAUAUCGCCGGAUUAUAGUUGCUACAAGAUGCAGCGAACACCAGGUAUCCGCCCUGCAAGUAUUGAGCCAAGAGGAUAGUUUCUACUGGCGUCGGCUUCGCCUAAUUUUCCUUUCGCCGGAUACAUUGGAUCCUACGAUCGCUGCCACCCAUCUACGGCUGGUGCAUUGGAUGGUUAGCCACGCCUUGGGUUAUGCGUAUGGCGAUCUUCGCAAAACACAAGCUGUCUAUGAAGCCCACCCACAGCUGCUACAGCUGUGCCUUGUACAAACCCCAGCCCUGGUUGAGGAGAGGUCAUCCGGGCACAUUUUCACUACAGAAAAGGGCUCUGUGGCCGUAUCUUAUGUAGAUCUGGCGGCGGGCUUCGUGUAAUUUGCCAUUUUUGAGAGAU